CAGACAUGCGCAGUAAGGUAUGUGCCUGGAUUGUGUAAGCGCACCUUUCGGCGGCGGGGUGCUGGUACAUAUACUGCUGCAAAAACACAGAGGAAAGGGCUGCAAUAUAUGAUGAAAAUAACUAAGCAGCCUUGCUAAACCUCAGCUCGUCCUAAGGGUCUGCCCAUGACUUUUCCAAGAUCCCACUUGCAAGGUUUGACACAAUAUUUGUGUCUUGGAUGGUCAUACAUAAAGCAAGGUUAGAGAUCAGUGCUGGUAUUGGAUGCCACUGCCUAGUCAACCAUUGAACCUGAUUCAAAAGGUCCCUAUAGAAGACCGACAGUGUGUACUGAAAAAGCCAUUUAUAAGGAGCACUUCCCUCUAAGGGAACCUACGUUGGACCAAGUGUUUGUGAAGCCUAUCCAGUGAUGAUGCAACAUCAGUAUAUUUCUUGAAGUAUCUACAGCCUAUUUUCUGAAGCAUACAGACAACUUUGGCAUGAAAUGCUAUGAAGCUCAUAUAACUUUCAACAGAAAAACCAAAAAUUGAAAUUCAAAGGAAGUUGGGGGGGGAAAAAAAGAUGAUAUGAAAAAAAAGUUUCCAUUCUUGUCUUCAACAGAAAUGAGGAGGUGAUUAACUGAAACCAGAAAUGAUUUUCAUUGCAAGAGAAAAUAUGUUUCGACACAAAGGAUUCUUGCUGAUCAAGGGACAUGUUAGUCGCUCAAAUGAACUUCACCAAAGUAGUAUUCUACUUAGCAUGCAGGGCAAAGAUUUGUAUGCUGUAUUAGGUAUAUCAAAAAAUGCUACAAAGGAUGAAAUUCGAAAAGCUUACCUAGAUAAGGUGAAAAAAAACCACCCAGAUGUGAAUAAGAAUAAAAACGCUCACUUGAUCUUUACACAAAUUAACAAAGCAUACGAGACUCUGAGAAAUGACACAUCAAGAAGGGACUAUGAUAGAUCUAUGAGUUUUCAGUCAUUUUCCUCUUCUACAGUGAAUAGAAAUAGGACUUAUGCAGACCAUAGAGAUUAUGGAAGUAAAUAUAGGCCGUAUGCAGAAACACGGGAGUACAAAGGAGGUGGGCCCUCUUCUCGAUACCAAAAUCCAUAUCAAGAUACUCACUAUAAUACACGCAGAAAAGAUGAGCACUUUUGGUACGACUUCUGGGAAGAAGAGAGAGGUGGGCCCUCUUCUCGAUAUCAAAAUCCAUAUCGUGACGCUUACUAUAAUACACACAGAAAAGAUGAGCACAAUUGGUAUGAAUCCUGGGGAACAAAUCCUAACGAAGCUAAUGAGGAUGAGAGAAUGAGAGAAGCAGAGGAAUAUUUUAAUAUGAAAUGGGCUGCAGAAGAACUUAGGCGUCGAAAGGACAGAGAAAGAAUCUGGGAGAAUAUUGAAAGAAUGAAAGCCCAAAUGAAUGCUUCAAGAGAUUCAUUUUGGCAUGGUGCACGAAGUACAGGUUUAGGUGGAAGACACAAGCAAAAAGCAACCCAAGCAGAAAACUCUUACUCCAAGACCGACUUCUCAGACAGGAAGAGUGAAAAAAAUGGUACACGUAGACGGAAAGAUUAUGCAAUACUGGGGGACAUUUUAUUUAUAGCAUACAUGAUUUGUUUAGUAGGUUUAUGGUAUUUCACAAGAGAUGCAAGGAAUCCAGAGAAAAGAAGACGCAGAGAAUCAAAGUCAAAAGAGAGAGGUCUAUGAACAGAAAGUUGCUUUGUUUGCAAUGUUUAGUGUUUAGUAACUCGCAUUACUGAAAAAUAAGGGUGAAGGAAUAUAUUUCUUUGAGACUUUGUAAUGUUCCUUUAUGGACUUGAUUACUCACUCACAAUUUUGUGAAUUUGAACCUAGGGACAAUAAACAGGGAGGUUUUUAAUACCCAGUGAAAUAAAGAAAGAGAUGUAAAAAUAUUGGCAUUAGUUGUGAAACAAGGAAGACCAAAACCUCUAUGCUUUAAAUAUACUAUCAUGUAGAGUGAUGCUAUAAAAAGAGAAAUUGGUGCCAAUCAAAAUGACCUGACAAAGAA